CAAGCUUAAAUCCUCCAAAAAUUGAGUAUAUUGUGUAAGACCCAGAUCAUCAAAAUGCAUGAUUUUUGCUUUACAAUCCCGUAUGGGUUGGUUCUGGUUUGUGGUGGGAUCAUUGGGUAUGCCAAGAAGGGGAGCACAGCUUCAUUGGCUGGAGGUCUGGGCACUGGAUUAUUGCUCAUCCUAGCUGCUUAUCUGAGUCUCAAAGCCUUUCAUAAGCAAAAGAACUCUUGCAUCGCCUUGAUUCUUGAGACGGCUUGUGCUGUCUCACUUACAUGGGUCAUGGGUCAACGCUAUGCUCAAACCUCUAAGAUAAUGCCAGCUGGUAUUGUUGCCGGUAUCAGUGGUCUGAUGACUGGAUUUUAUCUGUACAAGAUUGCCAUGGGCGGAAACUAUAUCCCACCUAAGACUGAGUGAUGCACUGACAAAUUUGGCCUAAUACUCUUUCCAUACUAUAUAUACAGACAUCACAAUUCCGAUGCUUUUUUUGGAUCUUUUUACAUUCUCACUCAGUAUGUUGUUGCUAUGUACUGGAUAGGUUGUGUAUCGGUUAAAAAAAGAUAGUACUUUUUUAAAGAAAAGGGACCUUGUUUCUAACCGAGCUCUUGUUUUCCUAAUGCUUCUCCGUAUUUUUAUUGUAUCAAUUGUAGAGUUUUCUGAAGUAAUUGAAAAGAAAAAAGAGAUUACACUUUUGCAAAUCCACGUGUCACUGUUAUCAGAAUAAGAAAAAAAAAAGAAAGAAGAAGAACAAAUGAUACCAACAUUUCAUA